CAUUUCCCGUCGGCCUCCGCGACAAAGCGAAAGUGAGCGAAUAGCGCAGAAAAGUCGGUCUGGAAGGGAAAAGAAAAGAGGCGAUGUGUCCACAAACGUCCCCACUUUCCCUUCCGCGCUAACGAAACUCUGCGUGGGUUUAAAAGUUGGGACGACUUGACGUGGAAUUGAGAGCCUGAGAGACAGAAUCCACGAUGUCUUCUUACACGGUGGUUUUCUUUGACCUGGAGACAACUGGAUUGGACACGCAGGUGUGUGACAUCGUCCAGAUAUCGGCCGUCUACGCCGAGCGGGUCUUCAACGCCUACACCGUCCCGCGCUGCGACAUCACCAAGGAGGCCGCCAGGCUGACCGGGUUCUCGGUCACGGAUGGCGCCCUGUUCCUCCACGGCCAGCCCGUGUCCACCGUCCCGCUGCACCAGGCGCUGGUUUCCUUCAUCGACUUCCUGCGCUCCUUCUGCGGGCCCGUGUACUUGGCGGCCCACAACGCCAACCGCUUCGACGCCCCCGUGCUCAACCGGGUGCUGAAGGAGUUCUCCCUGCUGGAGCAGUUCCAGAGAGUGGUGCCCAGGUUCCUGGACACCUUCCUGCUGAGCAAGCAUCUCUUCCCGCGCUUCCCCAGCUACUCCCAGAGGUACAUGGUGGAGCGCUUCCUGGACAAGACCUACAACGCCCACGACGCCACGGAGGACGCCAAGAUGCUGCAGGAGCUCUUUCUCAAAUGGAAGCCGAGCCGCAGGGUUGUGUGCAACGCCUUGAUUUAGCAAAAGAAAGGGAUGGAUUUUUAUAAAUGCACCUUCACCGUCUGAUGUACCGCACUCUGCUAACUCCCUUUUGUAUCCAUCCUCAAUAAAAAGCACCUUCUUCUAA